GGUCUUUGGGAGAUAAUGGCAACAGAGAAACAGCAAGCGUUCAUUCUGGUAAUGAAGUUCACCUGGCUAUUAUGCCGUUCUGGAGCCGCCACAUCGGUCACGCCUUGCGAGGUCACGGUAACUCAGCCUCGAUCCCUGGAAGCUUAUACCGCAUCACAAAACGUGAGGAUAUGGUGUUCUUUUUCCACCAAAGAAUGCCCAGGCGCUUCCCCUACGAUCCUCUGGUUCCGGUAUCUGGCCAACACCCACGAAAACCUGUGCGUGCCUGACUGUGCGCAGGGCAAGAAGUUCAACGUCACCCACGUUGUGUCUGACAAGAAGACUUUCCUCUACAUCUACAAUGUCAGCGUGGAGGACAGCGCCAUUUACUACUGUGGGGUUGCGUUUGCAGAUUCGGCCGCCCGCCAUUCCAAGCAAACCGGGGAAGGAACUGCAUUAACGAUAACAGACCGUGACAAAGGAGCCUAUGUUAUGGCGGUCAUUUUGGUCUUGCUGUUCCUCUACGUCGUGGCUGGACUCACGACUUUUACAGUCUACUCCAAGCCCAGAACCAAAAAAACAGGGGGAGGAGGCCACAGCAGAGGAAUCAAGGGAAGCAAGCAAGCAAUUUCCCAAGCUAUUGCUCAGGAACUGGGCAAAAAGAAACAGAAACUGAAACGUUGCCCUAAGCGGAGUUUGGGAAAGGAGACUGUCGACCGGAACAAGUAAAUCACCGCAGUGAAUCUGCUAAGCCCCGGGAACAAAAUGCACUCCCAACGCAACUCGGGUUUCUAAACGAUUGCCAGGAUCUGGGAUUACAUAAAAUAAAUCUUAC